AUGCCUCAGCUUGCACAGUGUAGCGGCGCUCUCGAUUCUGCAGCUGAGAUAAUCCAUCCACAAUACGAGUGCCUGGAGCCCUGCAGAGACUCCUGGGAGAUGAAGGGGAAAGGCAACUGCAGAGAGUUAUGUGAGCGGGUGUUUCCCAGAAAGCACUGGGAGUGUGUGACCAGUUGUGAGUUCCUGCACUCUGUGCUGAUGGUGAAGCAGGGCAGCUGUCCACCUCCACAGAGAGCCAGUGGUUUUGCUGCUGCCUGUGUGGAAAGCUGUGACCACGACAAAGAAUGCUCUGCUCAGAAGAAAUGCUGCUCUAACAGCUGUGGCCACACCUGCCAGACUCCCAGUGACAUCUACAAGGGUGCUCCUCUGAAGCCAAGGAAGGAGCUAGCCUUUGAAGAAGUGUCUUCUGGCCAGCUGGAGGUGCACUGGUCAUCGCGCUUCAACAUCUCGGCCGAGCCUGUCGUCUACGUUCUGCAGAGGAGAUGGAACUUUGGCAUCCAGCCGAGCGAGGACACGGCCACGUCGUGGCAGGUGGCUGCACAGACGACGGAGCAGAGAGCGAGGCUGUCAGACAUCCGGCCCGGUCGCUGGUACCAGUUUAGAGUGGCAGCCGUUAACCUUCACGGGACCAGAGGUUUCACCAGCCCCUCAGAUCCCUCCAAUCCUCCUGCUCCCACUGAGCUGAGAGUAGCAAAUAUGAGCUUUGGUCCUGGGAGCACAGUGGGAGCCAGGAUUGAGUGGAGCAUGCCUCCUGACCUGGAUGUUCCCAUCCACCACUACAAGGUCAGUUGGAGCUGGACUGCAGUUGGACAUUCUUCCGCCUCAUCCCUGACCAAGAGGAGGAAGACGGUCAGAAAGAGCCAGGUGGAGCUGGACAGCAUGAGGACCAACAGGAGCUACAGUGUGGAGGUUCAGGCUGUGUCUUACUGGGGACAAACUCAGUUCAAAGGACCGCGUGCUGUCCUCCACUUCACCACGCAGCAAAGCACGAGUGCUCCCAGAAGCCCUGCAGGUGAUGUCCUGGAUGUGGGGACACCGUUCUACCAGGACGGACAGCUCAGGGUUCAUGUUUACUGGCAGAGAAGCGUGGAUCCUUUGGUUGAAUUCUACAGAAUCCAGUGGGGACCUGAAUACUGCGGACACAACCAGACCAGCCCUGUGGAGGAGACCAGUACAAAGGAGAGCUUUAUCAGCCUGCAGGGCUUACUCUUCUCCUGUAAGUACAAAGUCCUUCUGCAGCCAGUCAGCAAGACGAGUCAUCCUCUGGCAGAAGGCACCAGCUUUCAUACGCCUCCCUGCACCACCAUCCAGGCCAAGAGUCCAACACCUGUCAACUGUCCCAGAGAAACCGCUAUGAAUCUUCAGAAAGUCCUGGUGAAACCAACCAACCUGAUCGCAUCUUUUGAGGUCCUGGGGGGCAAUGUGACAGCUAUCUUUAGCUGGGAUAUAUCUAUGACUUCAUCCCACCAGCAGCUAACUGGUUACCAGGUUACCUGGGCAGAAGUCAUCUCAACUAACCGCAACUACAAUGUCAAGCUGCCUCGCACCCUGAUCUCCCAGUCCCAGAUCCUACCGCCGGAUGGUAAUGUUCUAGUGGUGUCAGGCCUACGCCCUGCUAGUUUGUACAGGCUGGAGGUACAGGCCAUCACAACGGAGGGUGAAGGUCCUACAGCCAGGAGAACCUUCCAGACCCCUGGAUACCAAAGCACCUUACUGCACAGUAAGAGGUUAAAACAAUCAAAAGGAAAACACUCAUAG